AUGGCGGCUAAGAGUGGUGGCCACGAUGAGUGGCUUUCAGUAAUGAAAUUAAUAUUAGCAACCUCGCCACGCUCGUUUAAUAAAAAUGACGUUAUUGAUCUGGUUAAGAGCAUCGUUAAAAGUGAAAACAAAUUCGUUUCUCACGAGGAUCAAUAUGAUAUCUUUUAUACGGCGGUCGCUGCUUUGUUGGCAGAUUGCAUUAGUGGUUGCGCAAAUACAUUUGCCAAAAGUCAAAUAUCUAUCAUUUGUCAAGCAUGCAAAGUACUGCUUGCUUAUCUUGUGGAUAAACUGUCACAACAGCAAACACAGUCAGGAGAUGUACCAACAGUUUUGACUACAAAACAAUUAUUACUUCCAAUACGAGCAUUAUGUAUUGGACAAUCCUUACUUACAUCUGCGGAGGAAACUGCUCUUGUUUCUAUAAUAAAGAAUUCCAAAACACCACCUCACGUAACAGUUUUAUCAAGUGGAAAAGAAAAGGAAUCCCCUCAACAAUCUGUAAAAGAAUCUAUGCGAUCUCGUUGUGAUUUGUCUACUAGUAUCCUUGAGCAGUUGACAAUGCCAUUGCAAGAUUUUUCCUCAUCCUCCAUUCUUGUAAAUGAAAUUUCUACUGAUAGUACGAGCAAAAAUGUAAAUGCUGCCACAAGUGAGACACAUUCUGAUACUAAGAUGAUGUUUGUUGCAAACAAUAUAAGUACACUGCAGAAUAUGGGAGCAGGUGAUACUUUGUUGGAUAUGUGUUUAAAUCUUCCACAUUUGUCGCGCUACACACGAAAGUAUCAAGCUUAUUUAUCGAAAAAAGGAUUUAGUCUACCAGCAAAUGCAUCAGAAACACAUACAAUAAGACACAGUUUACAUUCGGUUGUUAGCGACAUUAAUAUUGUACAUAAUGUGAUUCUCCCGAUACUUGAACCUUUAACACCACAAAAAUUAGAAAAGUUGUCAUUGCUGACUAUGUCUUGCCUAUAUUGUUCGAUUGCAAAUGCAACAGCAUCAAGCAUAGUUGGUAUAACAAAUGCAGUAUCUCCUAAAUGUAGCACAAACACUGCAACAAGUAAUCAAGCUAAUCAGAAUGCAAAAACCACUGAUGAAGAGUAUGAUACUCUGGCAAUUACAGUUGUUGAAAAGAGUUUAGAAAUAUUUGGACAAGUAUCAAAUGUUAUCAAAAAUAGCACACGUGCAGGAGGACAUAUUUUGCAAAAUCAUUUACUUAUUGGAGUAUGGCUUUUGGUUGCUGGAUUACAAGCACAAUUAACUGUGAGCAGUUUUAGUGCUGCAGAUAAAGGAAAAGAGGAAAAGGGAAAAUCGCCGAGCAAAGCUCGUGAUGGAAGUGGACGUGUAAAUCUUAUGAAAGUGCAACAGGGAUUUGGUGUAUUAUCAGUAGCAUUAGCAUCACAUGCAUUGAAUUUAAUGAGUGCACUUCUUGAAGAUGUAUCUAUCGAAGCUAAUUCAGAUGUAAUCACGGCAAUUCCUGAACCAGCGCCAUUAGAUAUCUUGUCUACUGCUACAGCAUUGCAAAGGGCAGUAACGUUUCUACAAGCGGUGCCAUUAAAUCAUCUGUUGUUUUAUCUGGCUACUAUUAGUUAUAGAAAGGCUUGCACAUUGAAAAGGGUACAAAAGCAUCCUUUAGAAGGAGAUGCAUUAAGUCAAUCCGAUUCUACUACAUACUAUGAAGAUCUUUUGAGUUGUUCAGAGAACUCAACUGAUGAGGAGGAGGACAGCGAACCUAUCUUGGGACUAUGGUUUGAAGAAACUCUUGCUCCAUCAGACGAGACUUCAACAAAUACCAAUAAAGAAACAAAUAAUGAAGCAAAUGCAGAACGUACUACCACUACCACCAUUGUUCCUGACAAUAGAGAGCCACAUGGUUAUAUUUCACUUGCAACGAAAAUAUUCCAAUUUAUGAAUAAGCACUUGAUUGGUAGCAGAAGUACCUAUGUUCGAGAAUAUGUAGUUAAUGGCUUAGUUGAACAACAAAUGGUUAUAUUGGCAGCAAUUAUAAGAGAUUUAGAUCAUGAAACGGCUAGAACAGAAACGGGCACAAUUUCUGCAUUUUACGGAGCUACGCUAGGCGCUAUGUAUUCGGAAUUUUCUCAAGCUUUAAGUCGUUACACUCAUAAUUUACUUGCAUGGAAUACGCUAAGCGAAUCUCUUCAGAAUACCUUACUUCAACAUUUGGGUGUAAAUCCUUGGUCUAUAGAAGUCUACAGUAGUUCGACUACAUGGCCUCUUCAAGUAUAUCCACGAACUCUUAGUGUACUCGCACAGGUAUUGCUCUUGAAACCUCAGUUGGAGAGGGAAGCUGCAUGUAUCAGCAUAUGGCAUCGCUUAGUAACAACCAUGGUUGAAAAUGUAUGCAAUCCUCAAACAACAUAUGAAGCUGAAAACGAAGAUUUAAAUGUUGAACAUGCCCAAUUGGUACUCUUCCUAUUCCAUUCUUUAAAUUUAAUGCAGAAGAAAUCUGUGUUACUUGUAACGGGAAGCGGUGCAGUGCGCUGCAGCGAAGCAGUCAAAAUGCCAAUGAAAGAUUCUCAACUAUUGCACUUAUCUCGAUUGUUGCUCUUACUCGAAUAUAUGAUGAAGCAUCUGUAUGAUGCACAUCCGGUAUUACUUGAACAAGUACAAUGGAAUCUGUUUUCUGCAACAAGUUUAGUAUGUGAUACCAAAGAUGGAAAUAAGCAGACUGCCAGAGCUUUUACUCCUUGGGUAGAAAUAGAAGAUAAUUAUCGUAAAUAUGGCUCACAAGAUGAAUUUUCGAUGAAACCACGUUUUUAUAAUUUAUCGAGAACAGAUUUUAAUAAUCAGGAUGCACCAAAAUUAGAUGGAUUAGCAUGUAACUUUAUUUUGGGUACACCAGAUAAAAUGAAAUACCCUCUUUUGGUUGAUGCAUUAAUCGACAUCCUGAAUGUACUUAAUCAAACUGAUAUGCAUAGAAAAGGCAAUACUGAAAAUAAGGAAAAAAUUACAUUUACCGGAUUAUGCGCAAUUCAAUAUUGCUUUUCCAUAUGUUGGGAAUUAUUACUGAUGUUACCUCCCUCGACUCCUUAUAUGAAUAAACUAGCUCUCGGUGAGGAAAUACCGGCUGGACCGAUGUUGCUUCAUUCAUUGAUAUGGGGUCCAAGAGCCGCGUAUAAAACUUUUACUGGUUGGAUGAAGGAUUGUUUAGUGAAGCAAGGAAUGUAUACCCAAUAUGCUGAAAAUUUAUUAAAGACAGUGUCAUCUACUGUAAACUCUCUCAAGUAUGAUGUUACCCUUGCUAAAAAUUGUAUCGUUUCGCUCAAACCAGAAUAUAAUGCCACUGAUAAGAUAAUGCCAAGAGCAUCGUUGCCAAAACUCGGUUCUUUGUGUAUAUUGGCUGCAGUUGUAGGAAAGUUACAAGUUCUUAUGGACGAGAGCAUAUCGAAAAAUUCUACCGAGAACAUUGAGACUUCCAAGAGUACGCAGAAUGCAGAUUCCGCACCUUCAAACAGGACUAAAAUGAUAAUUGAAAUUCUGCCGCAUAUUUUAUCGUUGACAGACGCUAUUCUAUUGUCAUGUCGGUCCAACAUAUUGUAUCAUACAUUUGAAUCUACCGAGGAAGAUGGAAAAUAUAGUACACGGGACUAUUUAAUUCUGGAUAAUAUCUUGUCGAUGGCAGGCGCAAAUUGGGGAACGGAAACAUCAUUGGUCUCAUUUUUGCCGAGCUGCAUUAAAUCUGCACUGGAUAAGUGGAAGAGUAUCGCGUUCGCUCCUGUUCCUUGGAACACAUAUGCGAAUGAUAUAAUACCAGCGGAAAGCUACAUCUUUACUACAGUUAAUUAUCAUGUCAGUUCCUUGUCGGAACAUCCAACGUUUUCUAUUAAUCCAUCAUUGAAAAACUUACUUUACUGUUUGGUUUCAUUUAUGAUGGAGUAUAUCACACCUGCAACAGCUCCGGAGCAACAAUCCGAUAUACAUUCUCAAGCCGUGGACAUUCUCGUUUCAUUGUCAAUGGAUGCUCGUACCGACUAUCUUCGAGAAAUGGCUACUAAUACUUUGGUCAAAUUAUUAGGACAGGAUAACGAUAAUGAAGCACGGCACUUGCGCGAACAUUUGUUUGUACUAAAUCAUACAUAUAAUCUGAUAAUCGAAUAUACCGAUAAUACAGACGGAUCCAUUGGUAUUGUUAUCGACGAGGAGAUCUUGAAACAGUGUAUAAAAUAUUGGGAGCGACUGUUGGAAAAACCUCUCGGAUGUAAAGCCUUAGACUUGUUCUUUGCUCCGGAUACAAAUCAUAGUCUUGUGUCUAUCUUAUUGUCUAUAACGUCGCCGCAGGCUUCGUCGCAGUUUAGCACAUACAUUUUACACUUUUUCAACGCAUUAUUCAGAACAACUGAAAAAACGACAAAUGAUGGAUCAUUGGAUCGUCUAUGCAAUUCAGUGGCCAAUUUCGCCAAUGUCGAGAGUGAGAAAUUACAGACGUGGCUAAGACACGUUAUAUUGGGAGCGACAAAUGUUCCGGCGAGUGUUUCUGCAACGAAUAUACCAACAUCCACCGCUGGUGUUACAAAUACGUUGGUAACUGUUUCCGGAACCUCGGAAGAUGGCCAGAAAUCGGAUGAAAGAAAUAACGCAUCUAAUAAUGAACAAACCCAAUGGGCGAUUUCUGACGGUUCUAGCAAUAAUCAACCUGCAAUAAGUAAUGACGAGCAGAAUUCGAGCCACGAGAAUAGCCGUUUCUUACGGGCACUUACUAAUUACAUAGUGAAGGAUAAAAGCAACGUCAGUUCAAACGUCUCGAUAACCAUUCUUCAAGCUCUUAUACCAUUAGCGUACCACAUUCUUUCUCCUACAAUCGAAGGAAAUCGGUUCUCUGAAUUGAUGCAUAUCAUGUCUACGUUGGCUGAUGCCGGCUCGGAAAAAGGACACGCAUUGCUGUUCAAAGCUGCCACUGAGUGGGUCGAACUUUGCAAGGAGCAGAUAAUGAACAAAGAUCCGCAAACUUUCGACAAACCGUCAUCACCGUACAUCGAAGCGGGUUGUUGUAUGUUGAACUACAUCGCCGACAUAGUAGGCGCAAUCUGUCCGCAACAGGCACAAUCUCAGGAUCGAGCCACUAGCCCACCGUGGGAGGGUGCUAUACCGAGCAAUAGCGACGUAAAUGACAGCGACUGGGUGGAUGAGAUUCCGCAUGAGGAUGAUGACAGCGCAGUCGAAGACUCGGACGAAGACAGUCUCUGCAAUAAACUAUGCACUUUCACGAUCACGCAGAAGGAAUUUAUGAAUCAGCAUUGGUAUCAUUGUCACACGUGUAACAUGGUCGACGGCGUCGGUGUUUGCACAGUGUGCGCUCGAGUCUGUCAUCGUAGUCACGAUGUCACGUACGCCAAAUACGGAAAUUUCUUCUGCGACUGCGGCGCUAAAGACGACGGAUCGUGUCAGGCGUUGACAAAGCGUAGCCCGCAAAGUUCAGAGCAUCAAACAACUGGUAAUAUACCAUAUAAUAACGUUGGCGCCCCCGCUGAAAGCAGCUUACUUUUAACGAGUAGUCUACGCCGACGGGCAUCUAGUCCUGUACAUAAUUCAUACGAUAAGCACGAAAGAAGCGGACGCGACACUCAAAGACUAGUGUAUUUGAGUAAGCAAUUGGAAUCUUCGAAGGAUUGUAUAUAUUCUCAAUUGUGUAAGAGCGGAUUGGUAUCUUCAUUAGUGGAUCUAACACGCGCGUUAGUACCCGCGGUAGACGCGUCUUGUCAGCGCUAUUCGCCAGUUGGUUGCCAUGCACGAGCUCAAUUGGCAUUGAAACAUUUACAUACGCUCGACAAAAAAUACGAGCAUACGGAUCAGCUUAUGUUACCGACUCUGGGAUCUCAAGAAGGUGCGUUUGAAAACGUUAGGAUGAAUUAUUCAGGCGAUCAGGGUCAAACGAUUAGACAGCUGUUGUCUGCUCACAUGAUACGACGUGUCGCCAUGUGUUGUUUAUCCUCUCCGCACGGUAAACGACAGCAUUUGGCUGUUUCGCAUGAAAAGGGAAAGAUAACGGUAUUGCAGCUUAGCGCAUUGUUGAAGCAAGCUGAUUCUUCCAAGAGAAAAUUGACUCUGACGAGGCUCGCUUCGGCUCCGGUACCUUUCACUGUCCUUUCGGUUACCGGAAAUCAAUGGAACGAGGAUUUCUUAGCCGUUUGUGGUUUUAAAGAUUGUCACGUACUUACGUUCAACAGUUCCGGUACAGUGUCUGAUCAUCUAGUUUUACAUCCUCAGCUUGAGAGCGGGAAUUUCAUCAUUAAAGCUCUGUGGCUUCCCGGCGCACAAACACAGUUAGCGUUGGUUACCGCUGAUUUUGUCAAAAUUUAUGACUUGGGAAAGGACGCGCUAAGUCCGCAAUAUUAUUUCCUCGUGCCGACAGGGAAGAUACGAGAUUGCACGUUUAUGCACGCGGAAGACGGUACGUUCCAUAUGUUACUCAUGUCUUCCGCUGGAUAUAUUUAUAGCCAGGUGAUGGAUGAGGAGAGUCAAGCCAAGCAUGGUGCUUUCUAUGUGACAAAUACAUUAGAUGUUUAUCAUCCGGAAAUAAAAGACAAUGGCCAAGUGGGCGGUGGAGGAGUUUCCAUCUACUAUUCGCACGCUCUUCAGCUGCUAUUCUUCAGCUAUGCCUGCGGCAAGAGUUUUAUAGCGCCGUUAAAACACAUGGAUUCCGAUAUUACUAUCGUAUUCCAGAUUAAUCUCGCCAGUAACAAGACGAAUGGAAAUAAAUCUAACAAUAAUCAGCCGCAACCUUUGUGCCAGUGGAGUGAGGUAGCGAAUCAUCCUGGAUUGGUCUGUUCCAUCUUGCAGACCAGCAAUAAUCCGGUGAUAUUGAUGAUCAAACCCGAUACGAUCAUGAUACAAGAGAUUAAGAUUGUGCCUGCGAAAGCAAAGAUUAUGGACAUGGUCGCCAUCCGACAUCCCAGUUCGAACGCUGAACAUCGUACAACUCUGAUAUUACUUUGCGAAGAUGGAAGUCUGAGAAUCUACAUGGCCGGUAUGGAACAAACUGGAUUUUGGAUGUCGUCCACCGUACAGCCGAUUAGCACUAACUCCGGCAUCAAGCCAUCGCGAAAAAAGAAGACUAACAAGAUGGGAAAACCGUCGGGAUCCAUCACGUUUCCCAUUGACUUUUUCGAACAUUGUCAACUGAUGAACGACAUUGAAUUCGGCGGCAAUGAUUUAUUGCAGAUCUAUAACGUCGCGCAGAUCAAGCAUCGCUUAAAUACCACUGGAAUGUACGUAGUUUCCACAAAGGCUAUGGGCUUUAAUGUGGAAGUUACGAAUAAUGAUGCGAUUUUAGUAAUGACUGGAAUACGAGUGCUCUUUGGCAAUCAGGACAUUCAAAGGACACCUCUGUACGUUGAGAUAUUUGGCAGAAGUAUUCGGACUACAUUAACUAGAAGCCGUUGGUUCGACAUUCCUUUAACAAGAGAAGAAAGUCUUCAAGCUGAUAAAAAAUUAACGAUUACCUUUGGACCAUCUCAAGAUCCAGAAGGCGUUAUUAUGGUUGAUUCGAUAAAAAUAUACGGUAAGACCAAGGAUGCAUUUGGAUGGCCUGAAGAGAUAGAAGAGAUCCAAUCUUGUCAACCAACAUCCGCACCUAUCACGACAAUCAAUAACGAGGCUGACAAUACCAUUGUUUCUCCUGCACCUUUGUCCUCUAUCGAUAAAACAACAAAGGAUAGUUCGGUUAACAUAGAAAGAAUGAUAGCCAGCAUUCUCGAAGUCCUGGAGUCCUCGUUCAUCUUAUCCUCGCAUGAUGACAACAAAUCUUCGCUGAAAGCCACAGCGAUUGAUGUCGCAUCGCGAUUAUUAAUAUUACCUACGCCACCAUCUGUGCAAAUGCAUACAACGGCUUUGUUAGCUGCCCUUCACAGUACCAAACAGGCUUAUCAUUUUCAUAAGGAUUAUGCAUUAUUAUCGCACGUUCUCGAGUCCUUGAAAUCAAUGAGAGAAGCUGACGAUCCCGCAGAUAUCGAUGCGGAGAACUUUUAUAGACUUGUGCUUAUUGUUCGGGCGAUUGCCGUUUCUCGCCCACAUAAUCUUGCAAAAUUUGCCGAACAGUACGCGAAUAAGUCAAUCGACGAAAAUAGCGUACCUGUUUUUGAGAAGGAUCGUCUGGAAGCUCAUUCGCGCACCAAGGCAGAUGGAAAUCAACAUUUGGUCAUCCAAUUGAUGGAAAUACUGUGGUCCCUGCAUACAGCGUAUCCCAAGAAUAUGGCACUCGCUCCGGUAGUUGUGCCAGGACUCACGCACGCCGAGGGAACGGUUCAUGCAAUCGUGGAGAUCGUUCACGCUUUUGCGAUAUGCGACGUUGAAAAUAAUACCCCGAUAGCCGCUAAACUGUAUUUACAGUUGUUGCUGUCUUCAGACACCAGUAUCAGUUUUAGUGCCAAGCACGCGAUAAUCAGAGUGCUUAGACCCAGAUACAGACGUAGAAGAGUGUAUAUACCGAGUCCACCAAACUGCAGUACUCCAGGUAUAGUUGCUGAAACUGAAGAAAAAUCCGUUUCAGUUCCAUCACAGGCUUCUCAAGAUACGGUGGAGCGCGACGUGGAACAGCACUUUGAUAUCGAAGCCGUAGAAGCGGUAGACAGAGUGGCGGAUAUGCUCGGCGCUGUUGAAGGCAAUCAGAAUUCGGCCGCUGCGAGAGUGGUUAAUCAUCCGUUGGAAGCGUUGCUCGGCGCGGGUAACUUCCCGCAGUUGCUCGAUGUGCCGCCGGAUGCCGACGACGAAGCGAUGGUAGAACUCGCGAUAGCCUUGAGUUUGCAGGAUCAUGAAGGAGGUCAUGCUGAUUUGCAAGCAUUGCGACAAGGAUUCCAGCAGAGCUUUCCCAAUUUGCAGGGUAUACAGAGUCUUCAGAAUUUAAGCGGCUCCACCUUACAAAGCUUGCAGAAUUUAGCGGCGCAGGGAUUGGUCCAAGUUCCGAAUGCUGCUCAGAGCCAAGAAGCGGGCCAUUAUUCCGACACGACUGCUUCUGCGGGCGGUUCCGACGAUGAGGGAUCAACCGCUGCCACUGAUGGUAGUACUCUUCGAACGUCUCCUGCCGAACAAGGUGGUAGUGGUGGUAGCAAGGGUAGCGAGAGCGGUGGAAGCGAUAGUGGAGGCAGCGCCGUUGACAGCAUGACAGGGGAGCAUAAUGUUUCCGGCAGGAGCUCCGCGUACGGAGACAAUGCUCCCGACAAUGCUAUGCCUCCGAUUGGAAUUGGGGUCAAUCAAGCGCCACGCUCUGAAACUAAUACUCUAGAUGUUCCCACAACUUUCACUACCACUGAGCAAGAAGAAGGCAUCGAACAAGAACAGGGUGUUGAGCAGGAAAGUGAUACAACUGGCGAAAUCACCAUAAAACUACAUGCUAUACGGCUUUCACUGUUGGACAGAUUUACACAGUUUGUGCCCAAUCUAAUAAACGUACGAGGAGUACUUGCCAUUCCAUUUAUGCAGGUUGUGUUAAUGCUAACUGCUGAUCUUGAUGGUCAAGACGAGAGAGACAAAGCAUGUGUAGAACGUUUGUUGCAAAUGCUCGUGAAAGAACUCGAGAUGGAUAAACCUGAUACAAGCAACAUAUGUGAGCGUAGCAAUAAGAGGGAGGUUCAUUUGGUUAUCAUGCGUUUAUUAAGUGUUCUUAUGUCUCGCUCAAAAUAUGCUACAAAAACUUCCACGGAUAAUCCGAACUUUGUGUCCCAAACUACUGCUGCAAUACUGAGCAAAGCUGGUAUUAUCGACUACUGUCUAACAUUAUUGCAAGCCUUACUCGACUAUUGGAAGACUACCAGUACAGAGGAAUCUGGUACUAUGAUCGGAGGUCAACUACUGAAGGAACAUCUUACGGCAUCGCCUCCCGAUAUGUCACCGUUCUUCCUGCGUCAAUACGUCAAGGGCCAUGCCGGUGAUGUAUUUGAACCCUACCCCCAAUUAUUGACGGAGAUGGUAUUACGAUUGCCGUAUCAGGUGCACAAAUAUGCGGAAAGUACUGUGAUACAACCUGCGUUCGAACAGCCAUGGUACUUUUAUCUCUGUGAAUAUAUGAUGUCUUAUCAAACACCGUUCGUUAGACGACAAGUACGUAAAUUGCUGCUUUUCAUUUGCGGUAACAAGGAAAAAUACAGACAAUUGCGAGAUCUCCACGCUCUUAUAUCUCACGUGCAGUCCGUACAGCAGUGUUGCACUACUGGUGGAUAUGAUCCGCCGCAUACACGUCCGCAUUCCAUCAAUCUGCCUUACGAUUCGUUAGUAGAAUUGAUUGAACAUCUCAAGUGUUGUGUGGAAAUUGCUACCAGUCGCACAGGAAACUGGCAACGAUUCUGCUUAAAGCAAAAUACCGUUUUAUCAUAUUUGUUUGCCAUAUCGACACUCUUGGACGAAGGUGUGAGUCCUACGGUGCUCCAGUUAUUGCAAUGUGCUAUUUGUUCAAAUAAUAAAUCCAAAGAGACUAAAGAUACUAAAUUAAAGGAAUCUAAAUCGACGACUGGCACGAAAGAAAGACGCGAACGAGAAAAAUCAGAAGAUUCUGAUACUGAGGCUAAAUUCGAAGAAGCACAAUGUUUAACUCUGGUCGAACAAAUUCAAAAGCAGGUGCAUCCCACAUUGCUGAUGAAGUUUAUACAAACUUUCCUUCUUGAAACGAAUAAUACGAAUGUUCGUUGGCAAGCGCAUUCUCUUAUACUAGCAAUUUACAAAAACUGUGGGCCGACAGAUCAGGAAGUCUUGUUGGAUCUUUUAUGGCGUUUAUGGCCUCUGCUCCCAGCUUAUGGCAGAAAAGCGGCGCAAUUUGUAGAUUUACUUGGUUACUUCUGUCUGAAAACACCGCAUGCUGGAAAGAAGAUGCAUACGUACAUGGAGCAAGCAGUUGCCGUUUUACACGCGCAGAAUCAAUUGCUCGCGCGACACCCUAAUGCGAAUCUUUACGUAAAUCUCGCGCAAUUCGUCGAACUGGACGGUUAUUAUUUGGAGAGUGAACCUUGCCUAGUAUGCAACAAUCCAGAAGUACCAAUGGCAACGAUCAAGCUGUCAUCGAUUAAAGUAGAUUCCAAAUUUACGACGACAACGCAGAUUGUGAAGCUGGUCGGCAGUCAUACCAUCAGCCGCAUCACUCUACGUAUAGGCGAUCUAAAGAGAACAAAGAUGGUUCGUACCAUUAAUGUCUAUUACAACAAUCGAUCCGUGCAAGCUGUUGUAGAAUUGAAGAAUAAACCGGCAAUGUGGCACAAAGCGAAGAAGAUCACUCUUGCUCAGGGACAGACAGAAGUCAAGAUGGAAUUCCCAUUGCCGAUAGUAGCCUGCAAUCUUAUGAUCGAGUAUGCCGAUUUCUAUGAGAACAUUCAAGCUUCAUCUGAGACGUUGCAGUGUCCGCGAUGUUCUGCCAGUGUGCCGGCGAAUCCCGGCAUUUGCGCGAAUUGCGGCGAAAAUGUGUUUCAAUGUCACAAGUGCCGAGCGAUUAAUUACGAUGAAAAGGAUCCGUUCUUAUGCCAUGCUUGCGGAUUCUGCAAAUAUGCCAAGUUUGAUUAUACUCUAACUGGUAGGCCGUGUUGUGCCGUCGAUCCCAUCGAGAAUGAUGAUGAUCGGAAGAAGACAGUAGCGACUAUCAAUACUUUAUUGGAGAAGGCGGAUAGAGUAUACAAGACUCUGAUAUCUAACAAACCGACGUUGGAAAUGCUUCUUGUGAAAAUAUCUGAACAUCGUUUGGAUCGAGGAUUAGAGGAUGGUAUACAGGUGUCUGGUAGUACCCAAGUGAACAGAGCGAUUCAGUUACUGGCGCAGAGAUAUUGCAGUGAAUGCAAGACCUCCUUCGAGGAGCUCAGUAAGAUUAUUCAGCGUGUUUUAGCCUGUCGUAGGGAGCUCGUUGCUUAUGACAGAAAUCAACGAGGUAGUCAGAGUGGCUCGCAAUCUUCAUUAUACGGUACGUCCAGUAUGAAUGACAAUGUCGCGAAGGAUGAAACGAUAGUUUCGCCGGUCGGACGCUGUUACGGUUGCGCGUCUGCCGCUACCGAGCAUUGUUUGACAUUGUUACGCGCAUUAGCUACCAACAGCAUAGCCAGAGACGUUUUAUGUAAACAAGGGCUUAUUCAAGAGCUCGUAGAGCAUAAUUUGCGAAAAGGUACGGUACAGAUGCAGGAGGAAGUGCGGCAAUUGUUGUGUCUCGUUACGAGGGAUAACGCGCAAUCGACCAAGGAGAUAUGUUCGCUUCUAACCAGUCGAAUCACCCUGACGCUUCGCGGACGAGUUGCUACCCCGGAUUUUUCGGUCGCCGUACGUCACGAAAUGGCUCUUCUCGCGGCGCUCGUGCAAAAGGAGGAUUCUUGCUGGGAACAGAAAUUGCGAUGCGUCAUGCAACUAUUUCUAACUGCUUGUAAGGAGUCGAAAAGUCCCGUUGUAAUGGAGAGUAUUAUACUGCCGUGUCUGAAAAUUCUGCAAGGUCUUAUUAAACCCGAUCAACCAGUUUCCAAGAAAAACAAAGAUAAAACUAUCGAGUCUCUGGCGACAGUGCAACCACCGGAAGGAAUCAGUAUCGAUGUGAAUAAAUGGAUCACUGGCGAUCCCAAGCAUUCGUACUCUGAGUGGUUUCGCCGUAUGCCGGCUAAGAAAACGGAACCAUCGACGGCAAAACCUCUUAAAAAGGAGGAAACUCGAGUGUUAUAUCUUAUGGAAAAGUAUGGACAUAGAUGGCAUCAGCGUUGUAUGAGGCAUCAAGGCGUUCAACCAUUGAAACUUUCUGACGGUGCUUGGCUAAAGGAAGUUCUCUUCAAUCCCAGUUCUCGACUGGCACGGCAGGUUGCUUGUAACAUGAUCGAGAGUCUGUGCCAAGGUACGGAGAGGAAAAAGGAAGUUCUAGUCUUGCUAACCUGUUACUUAGAAGAGUUACGUUCCGCCGGCGAAAGCAGCACCGAGUUCCUCACUUUGUAUCAAAGUUUAAUCAGACAAUCACCUUGGAAACAAUUCCUGGCAGUACGUGGUGUAAUGACUUUAUUGGCGGAUCUAUUGACUCGGGAGAUAGAGGAAUUACAUCAUCUGGAAGAAACUACUUUAACUAGUGAUCUUGCUCAGGGAUAUUCGUUGAAAAUGCUUACGGAACUUUUGGCAACUUUCUUGGAACAGGAAAAUAUCAAGCAACAAUAUAAGGGUCGAUUGGUUGGUGCAGUACUCAAUGGUUAUUUGUCUCUUAGGAGACUUGUCGUUCAACGGACUAGACUGAUCGAUGAUACACAAGAGAAAUUGUUAGAACUUCUAGAAGAAAUGACCACUGGCACCGAAGAGGAGACGAAGGCAUUCAUGGCAAUUUGCGUUGAAACAAUACAAAAGCAGAAUCCUCAGGAUGUUCGCACUCCAGUAUUCAUAUUUGAAAGAUUGUGUUCGAUUAUCUAUCCAGAAGAAAAUGAUAUAGGUGAAUUCUUCUUGACUCUUGAGAAGGAUCCACAGCAGGAAGAUUUCUUGCAGGGAAGGAUGUUGGGAAAUCCUUAUAGCAGUUUGGAACCUGGACUAGGUCCACUUAUGAGAGAUGUUAAAAAUAAAAUCUGUCAAGAUUGUGAGUUAGUUGCACUUUUAGAAGAUGAUAACGGAAUGGAACUUCUCGUCAAUAACAAAAUUAUCAGUUUGGAUCUUCCUGUCAAGGAGAUUUAUAAGAAGAUUUGGGUGUUGGAGAGUGGCGAAUGCGACGCUAUGCGCGUGGUAUAUCGUAUGCGCGGUCUUCUUGGUGACGCGACCGAAGAAUUCGUCGAAACUUUGAACGCCAAUAGUGAACAGGAGGUGAAUAACGAGGAAGUUUACAAAAUGGCAAAUGUAUUGGCAGAUUGCGGUGGUCUUCAAGUCAUGCUAGACAGAUUGGCGGCAAUACACGAUGUUAAUCGCGCGAGACCUCUUCUUCAAGUGCUAUUGAAAUUAUUCAGAUUGUGCGUGAAGGUCAAGAAGAACCAAGAGGUUCUGAGUAAACCCGAAUUGGGAGCGGUCACCGUAUUUCUGGACGUUCUUCAGCGUUGUCUCGCUACGGAAUCGGAAAAUUCUCAAGCGAAGAUUACCGAACAAUUAUUAGAUAUUAUGGAAACAAUAUUGACGAAUGCGGCAUCGCAACCAUUAAGUGCGUUCGAGGCAUUUUCGCGCACUCUUGGUGGUCCAGAACAUAUCAAGGCACUUUUAUCGUGCACGCAGUCCACGGCAGUCAGACAAAGCAUUGGCGUGCUCGCGCAUCUCGCGAGAGUCUUGGCAGCGUUGACUUACGGCAAUAAGGAGAAAAUGGCGCUUCUGUGCGAUUAUUUCAAACCUGUAUUGAACUUUUACAAAUUCGAUUUCGAACACACUCCCGAGGACGAACAGAAGCUAGAACUAUUCUGUAUACUCACUCAAGGCAUUGAACGAAAUGCGAUUGGUAAUACGCUGAAAGAUUAUAUCAUAAGCAUGGGUAUAGUGAAAGAUGCUUUUGAAUAUAUCACCGUGCACGCGCCAUGCGUUAAACCUACGCUAUUACGCACAGAUAGUGACGAGCUGAAAGAAUUCAUAUCUAAACCAGCUCUGAAAUAUAUUCUACGAUUUCUCACAGGGUUAGCUACGGAUCACGAACCGACUCAGUUGGCAGUUUCGCAAGUUACUAUUAGUAUAAUUCAUAGACUGGAACAAGUAUCUUCGAAUGAACACGUUGGUUCGCUAGCGGAGAAUUUAUUGGAAGCAUUAUGUACGAAUAAGCAAGUAGCCGAACUCAUCGAAGAAGCUCGCCAACACACGCGGAGUGAGAAGAAACGCCUGGCUAUGGCGAUGCGAGAGAGGCAACUGGGUGCGCUCGGUAUGCAAACGAAUGAUAAGGGACAGGUGACAGCGAGCGGAACGAUUCUUCAACAAAUGGAAGACCUGGGUGAUGAGACUGGAUUGGUCUGCGUUAUCUGUCGGGAAGGAUAUAAGUUUAAACCAAAUAUGGUAUUAGGCGUUUAUACAUUCACGAAGCGCUGCAACGUAGAAGAAUUCGAGACGAAGCAACGAAAAACCGUAGGCUAUACGACCGUCACGCAUUUCAACGUGGUUCACGUAGACUGCCAUAUGUCCGCGGUGCGUUUGGCGCGCGCCAGAGAUGAAUGGGAAAGCGCGGCACUACAAAACGCUAAUACGAAAUGCAACGGAUUGCUGCCAUUGUGGGGCCCGCAGGUUCCGGAGUCUGCAUUCGCCAGCUGUCUAGCUAGGCACAAUACUUAUUUGCAAGAAUGUACCAGUCACCGUGAUAUAUCCUAUCCGUCAACCGUGCACGAUUUGAAAUUACUUCUUCUACGAUUCGCUCAAGAGAAGAGUUUCCAUGAAGACACUGGCGGUGGAGGUCCUCAAUCCAAUAUGCAUAUAAUACCGUAUUUGAUACACAUGGCUCUGUAUGUCGUUAAUACAACACGAUCAGGAACUAGAGAGGAUAAAGCCUUAAUGACUUAUCUGGAAGUGCCACCAGGUCCAGCGUGGCUCGAUAGUAGUUACGAAGCAGAAGGCCCAUUGUAUCAGUGUGUCCUUUCGCUGCUCUUUUUCACGCCUGCUCGUUGGAAAUCCCAUAGACUUACGCAUCUUAAUCGAUUAAUCGUUCUCGCGCAUCAACGUUAUGUGUCCCCUUCGGCUACCACCAAGACUAUCAUGGAACCAACCGCCAAGGAUUACGCUGUUUAUAAGAGCACUUUGGUUUUCUUCGGUCUAGUGGAUUGUAUUUACGGAAACUUCUUCAAGAAAGUAAAUGUUUUAUCCGAUGACCAGUGGCCUUCGGUUUUGGCUGAAUACAUCAGGCAUAAUGACGAAGCUAUGUUAAAAGCCUCAGAACGCGUGCUUUCGUCAUAUCGUGAUGAAUUACUACCGUGCACGUCAUUCGAGGAGUUUUGCGAUAUUGUUGGCUUAUUAGAAGAUAUAAGAAAUCCUUCUACGUAUAUUGACGAUCUCCUGCGACGUCUUGCUUGAAGAUAUUGGAAAUUCUCUUUAUGUAACUCACUGGCAUUGUUACUGGCGAAUCGUUUUCUCUUUUUCUCGCCUAUAUAUAAUCAAUAUAAUUGUUUUAUCACAGAUUUUUAUAUCGAAAGGAUUCAAUGCUUCAUGUAUUAAAAGUUGAUUCGACAUAAUAUAUUCUUAAUACACAAAAUACUACUUAGAAAAUUGUGUUACAUAUGUGUGAUGAAAGAUAUAAGAUUAUAAAUUACUUUUUAUUGCUGCUAUAAAUCUUUACUCCUAGAUAGAUAUGUAUGUACAUGGAAAUAAUUUGUGCUUUAAUAAAAUACGACUAAAUAAAAAUGUUUGAAUAUAUAA